AUGAAGACAGCCGCAGUCCUCCUCUUCGCGCUUUUCGCCACGACCCUCGCGGCCCCCGUUGCCGUCGCGGAAGCAGACGCCGACGUCAACGAGCGGACCUUCGGCAUGGGUGCACCCCGCUGGAAGCGUGACGCGGAUGUCGUCGACCGCACGUUCGGCAAGGGUGCCCCCCACUGGCGACGCGACGCCGAACCCAGCCCGGACGCCAAGGUCGACGAGGGCACCUUCGGCAAGGGCGCACCUCACUGGCGGCGCGACGCCGAAGCCGACAUCGAGGUCGACGCGCGCACCUUCGGCAAGGGUGCGCCCCAUUGGAAGCGCGACCCCGACAACGACACCCAUCAAGAUGCCUAG